GUGCAAAAUUUUUAUUACUUAUGUAUUGCAGUAAAAGUUUAUUAUUUGUUUAAGAAAAUAUACAAACAAUCCAUCAAAAAAAUAAAACCAUCAAGCAAAAAAAAAAUAAUUAAAAACAACCUGUUAUCGUGAAAGGAAUAAUUAAAACCAUUUAUAUUUUUAAGUGAAAUCUAACAAAGGAAUUUGUGCUAAAUAAAACACCCCUCAUUUUAAUAAAAGAAAAAAUAAUUUUUAUUUGUUGUUUUAAGAAAAACAAAAACUAUGAUUAAUUUGUUAAGCCUGUGAUAACAAAAAAAUUCUUUGUUGUUUGCAUAUAAUUAAGUUUUCUGUUUUCAAUCAUAACCACAUCAGCAACAUUUUCAAAAUUUAGGGAUUUUGCAAUAUGGAUUCAGUCUGCUUGGAAAUUGGCAUAAAUUAUCAACAUGUGGCUGAGACAAAUCAACCUUUGCGUUAUCAAUUGAUAUGCGACAAGCAGUGGCUGCAAAUCUUAGAAAAGAAACGGAAAAUUGCUAACUUUCCUCUAUAUCCAAAUUUGGAUAAAAGAGCUCACCCGGAAGGAGAUUUAGAACACCCUUGGUGUCGAAUUCUAUUGCAAUUGUACAAGAAACAGCCCAAUGUAAAAGUGUACCCUUUAAAGAACUCCACUCUAGAUGCUGAGGUCAAUGGAGAGUUUGCCAAGUCCAUGCCCUUGAGUUAUUCCCAGGCUGUAUUUGAGGUUAUGGCGACAAAUUUCAAAAAUUUAUGGGAAAACUAUUAUAAAAACUGCCCGGAGGCUCAUUUAAAGACAGAAAAGCAGAGUAAACAACACAUGAAAGUGGGACUUUCACCAUCUGGGAGUAUUUUGCCUCAUGAUGUAGUUCUAAAAGAACUAAUUAUGCGGUUCUACAAAUGUCCUAUUAUACACUGUAAACUAGAUCGUUUAAGAGAAGGUUCUUUGGAUAUAAAAGCAGAAUCGGAUGAGGUACAAGAAUGUCAUUCUAACAUUAUGCCUGCUUUAGUGGCCAUAGAGACUUCUUCAUAUUUUGCCGUCUUUUUCUACCCACCCUGUAUUUCGACUUCCUUAUAUGACUGCAUUACCUUUAGUCCGGCUAUAUUGACCAAAAACUAUAAUAAAUCCUUAUUUCUGGUCUAUCAACUACUACAACUUUAUAAAUUCCUGCAUAGUCAGGGUUUACUGUUGGGAGAUGUAUUUCUACAGGAUAUUUUACUAAAUGAAAACUUAUGGAUUUUGCUGGUGCCUUCUUUGGAGGCCAAUAUCUUACCUUUAUAUCUGGAUGAGGCUCUAUCACAUUCUCCAAGUGAGGCUACAGGACAUCAGGAUUUAGAAUAUGAUCAUAUAAACGAAGAGGCAGAACAUUUAUCCGUCUCAAACUUAAAAUUGGAUUUGAAAUUCUCUUACGAUUUGAAGCAGUUUUCUUUACGAGAUUAUUGCGAAAUGUGGUGUAAUGGUUUGCUAAGCAACUAUGACUAUUUAACUCUGCUGAAUAAUGCUGCUGGCAGAUCCCUAACAAACCCUUCUUACCAUCACAUCAUGCCCUGGGUGACGGAUUUUUCUGCUCGUAACGGAGCAAAUUGGCGCGACUUGUCCAAAAGUAAAUAUCGUUUAAAUAAAGGUGACAUUCAUCUUGAUCUCAUGUUUCAGCAUGCUGCUCAGCAAUCACACAAAGAAUUGGAAUCAGUUUUCCCCUCAAAUACACCACAAGUACCCCAUCACGUAUCCGACUUUCUAUCCGAAAUUACUUAUUUUGUUUACAUGGCUCGUAGAACACCGCAACACAUAUUAAGGGAACAUGUCAGACCCAUAUGGGUGCCAGCGGAAUACCCGGUCUCCAUACAAAGACUACAGGAAUGGACUCCCGAUGAAUGUAUUCCGGAAUUCUACACAGAUCCCAUGAUUUUCAAGUCUAUACAUGAAGACUUACCAGAUUUGGAAAUUCCGUCGUGGGCUUCUUGCCCCGAGGAUUUCAUAUGCAAACACCGCGAAGCUUUAGAAUCUCAAUAUGUCAGCGAUAGACUACAUCACUGGAUUGACUUAAAUUUUGGUUGUAAAUUGAGUGGAAAAGCAGCCAUAAAAUCUAAAAAUGUCUGUCUAACCAUGGUUGAUCAACAUAAAAACCUUUGCCAGCGUGGUAUAGUGCAAUUAUUUACCCAUCCGCAUCCAGCCAAGAGAACAAACUCCAUAUGGUUUAACAAAACGGCUCCCAGAAUGCAAAACCUCUUUCCUGCCAGCGGCAAAAAAGCAGAUAAAUCUUCAAAAUCUAGAAGCCAACAUCUUAACAAAGAAGCUAAGCGUUUGGCCAAGAGUACAGAAAAUCUUAAUAAAUCUUCAGAUUCAUUGGAUAUACUGGAAACAAAAUCUAAUGCUUCCUCUAAAGCCUCACCCAGGUUGUCGCUUAAAAUACCUACAAAUCACGAAGAAGUUUCUACAACAUCCAACUUUUACAAGUCCACCAACUUUAUAGAGCUGCCCAAGGAUUAUAAUCCCUGUGCCCAAUUGCAAUCUUUAGAAACGGCUCAACAGUUCAUAGCGAAAACUUUUCCUCUGCAAAAGCCCACUGAAAAUGCUCAAGAAAAAAUCUAUAGCAGCGACUUACUGUUUGAAGACUACAGCGAGAAUCACAGUUUUACCAAUCAACUUUUCAAUGACGUUUCUCCCACAACAAGUGCAGCAGGUUCUAAACAAAAACCCAAGCUAUUGACAACAACAAAACUCUUGCCAACAAUUCAUAAACCUAGAUCUCCGCAACAUUCCAUAGAGAAAAAACUGCAGGAUUUACAAAUUUUAGGUUGUCUGAUAGUGGAAAUAUUUGCUUUGCCCAAGCUACGGCCUUUGAUUGGUCAUAAUUUGACGCCGAAAUUUGAGGAUAGAUUAAAGGCCUGUUUAACCACAUUUGUUCUUAACAAGCACGAAAUACCAAAGUGUUUGAGGUCCAUUACGCUGCAACUACUCAAUUUGAAUUGCCAAGACAUAAUUACGGAAAAUGGACUUCCCUUACCUUCGGCACAGCAGCUGUUGGAGCCAAUAUAUCAUAACCUGCUUAUUCCCUUUCCCAGCAAUUAUUAUCCCUCCUAUGCCUUAAUUAGAUCUCUGCAAUCGUUUGAUUUUGCCUCUGUACUCCUGGAACUUCAUACACAUUUCCACUGCAAUGGAUUGGACUGUUCGAAAUAUGCAGAAAUCGAUCGUCUGCGUUUAUAUGAACGUAAAAUAGCCAAGUGUAAAGUAAUGUCUUGCUGCGCUCAUAUACGCCGCCUUUUAGAUCCCAUUGGUUAUGAGCAAUUUCCCUCAAUUGAUUUGCUUUUACCUCAUAUUAUUGAUCUGCUGACACAAGAACACACUUCCAUACUGACAUCUUGGAAUCUUUUCGAUGCAGUGGCCCAAUCGCUGGGCAUUGUGCAAACGCAAAAACUUUUAUUACACCCACUUAUGAAACUCUACGAUGUUGAGAGUUUUGAACGUGGCAUGACAUCUGUACGAAAUCGUUCUCUUUCGGAUUCCAUUACAAGUAAUACAGGUCAUUUACGAUUUUCCACAAGCAGCUCGUUUAAAUCUCGAAAAUCUGUUAAACUCUAUCAUCAGAUAUUUUUGCUCAGGCUGAUGGUACGUUUCGGGUUGAACUGUUUUUUGACCAACUUUAUUGCUCCUCUCAUAGAGGCUGUGGGCGGCUAUAAGGAACCAGAGGAUGGUAAUGGACUUCACUACCAUAGCGCGGUGACGGGAAGACGAACUAGUAAGAAUCUCAGUUAUGCCACCAGUGCCGCUGGUAAUGAAGAGGAUUUAACUUUAAUGUCACCUGAAAGGGCCGAGGAUUUGGAGGAUAAUACCAUAUCGGUAGAUAUGGAUGGAUCUCAUCUAAAGCCGGAUAUUGAGGAUGUUUUUAGCUUUGAUGACGAUGCCAACUCGGAUCGGAUAUCAACAUCCGAUCACAUCUCCAACAGGUCUCUAGACUCUUUCGAUAUGAGGCCCACUACUGCCGAAGAAGCCAAAGAAGACGAUGAACGCCAACUGGAUACCACACCUGAAAAAUUGGCCAUUUCGGAAAUAAUCUACGGCUCUAAAAUAUCGAAUAAUUCCUUUGAAGAACCUGAUAAAAUCUCUUUAAGUAGUCAAAAUGUCAGUGGUGAUUCACCGGUUAAUCUAAGCCAAUUGGGACCACGUUCACCAACUAUUGCAAUACCAGCUAGUGUAUUUCGCAGAUCAUAUCAACUAAAUACCAUCGAUUGUGAUAUUGGUUCACGCAAAAGCAUUGAUUCUUUUGAAAUUUUACAAAAUGCCGCCGAAGAAGAAGAAAAACAAAAGAGAAGAGAGAGCAAAGCAGAAGGACAGGAAGCAGAUGCUGCAGAUUGCGAAGAUGACAAACGACCAGAUGAAAAUUCAAAGUCAUUUUCUCAGGAAGCCUGCGACUCCCUACAAGCCUCUGUUAUUUCGAAAAUGUCCGAAGAAAAAUCUUUACAGAAUAAUUGCAUCUCCGAAAUGAGUAGCAAAAGCUUGGUGUGGCUUUCUCAUCGCUUGGGACCAGUUUUGACUUCUAGAUUUAUUACGAAGAAUCUACUCAAAAUGCUUACCUUAUGUUAUGUGGGUCAAGAAAAUCUCUUACCCGAAUCCGGAGCUUUAGAUGAAGGUCAUCUUUUGAAUUAUUUUACUGUGUCGGACGCUCGCGUAGUGGGAGAUCGUUGUGCUGUGCGAGUUCUCGAAUGCUUAAUGACUAUUGCGGCUUUGUAUGGAGAGCAAGUGAUAUUAUUACAAUAUUUCCCGCAUAUUAGUGAACUAGUGGCAUUGAGUACAAAACGUAUUACCGGUAGUUUGGAGGGAGCUUUAAUUAGUACUUUACAAUUGUUGAAAUAUUUGAUACCAUGUCUAACAGAUGCCACCAUAAUGGAACAUUUAAGGGAUUUAUUUUUGGAUUCUAUUAUAUUGCCUGUUCUCCGCUUCUUGGCCUCAACACACGUCCUAAUGCCUAGUGGUUAUUUGGGCCGCUCUGUUUUAUCACGUAAACUUUUGGAUGCCGUAUAUGUCUUAAGCGUACGCCUUGGUUCUGAUAUGACCCGAGAGCAUCUAUGCAAUUCCAUUUUAAGGCCGUUCUUUUUAAUUUUCGAUAAAGCUUUCGGCGAAACUAUAAAUUUCGAGACAGAUUACAAUUCAUUUAGUAUAAGUCCACCUUCUAAGGAGAGUGAAUUGGAAAACAAAAGAGAACUAGAAGAAAUACGUGAUGUGUUUUCUCCAGCUUUGGCUCACAGUGCCUACUUGGCUUUUUUGCGUUUUCUGGGUGAAGAUAUAAUGAAAAGAACAGUUUUGAAUUAUGAAUUUAUACUAACACUAUGUCACGAAUUUGAAUCACCUGAUUACAAACCGUUUUCCAAUGUACCUCGCAGAUCAAGCGAUGCUGUUGAUUGUCCCACAAGUACCUGUUUAGAUGCUGGAUCAGAACAACAAGCCGCUAAUAGUUUUGGCACCCAAGUGGUGGGUAAUCGUAUAGAGGUGGCUAGUCCAGUGACACAACCCUUGACUAGAGUGAAAUCAAAUGAUGCGCCACUUCAAAAUCUUGAUACUAUGGAGGUUUUAGAUAUGGUGGCGUAUAAAUUCGAACAUUUACCAAAUACUCGCCAUUUAAAGGGAAAUUGGUUGGCUUACUGGCGUCAUGAGAUAACACGUUCCGAUAAGGAUACUACAUUAAAUUUGAAACAAAUCAAAUUGCAAUCGUUUGUUGGUCACACGAAUUCGGUGCGUGCAAUCUUGGCUUUGGACAAUGAGAAUAGUUUUAUAUCAGCUUCAAAGGACAAAACCGUUAAAUUAUGGUCACUUCGCAGCGAGGGAGAUGGUACAAAAGCGAAAUCCUGCCAAUUUACGUAUACUGCCCACAAGAAAUCCAUACAUUCCCUGGCUUUUCUUGAGUCUAUGCGUUUUGUUGUUUCUUGUGAUUCUGGUGUUCACAUAUGGGAUCCAUUCAUUGGAAGACCUUUGGGUAUACUAGACUCUCCUAAACAUAAUCCCAUAACUGUAGUAAAAUGUCUACCUUCACCCAGUCCUUUGGUUUUGGCCGGCACAGCAGAAGCUUCAGUGAAAAUUAUCGACUCACGUUGCAUGCAAUAUGUCAAUGAAUGGCGUGUUAGUACAAAUACACAAAAUAAUGCCACCGUACGAUGUUUAACGGUUGCUCCAUCGGGUAAUUGGAUGGCAGUGGGUUUAUCUUCAGGCUCUAUUGUUAUGUUGGAUACACGUACGGGAAUGAUUAUGAAUUCCUGGCGACCCAUGGAAUGUGAUUUAUUGCAAUUAGCAGCACCAAAUGAUCAACAGUUGAUAAGUUCAGCUUUGGAUCAUAGCUUGGCGGUGUGGCAUGCUCACGAUGGUAUUUUGCAUUAUCAGUUAAUGCCCCCCGCUGAACCUGCUCAUUUUCUACAAACUAUUGGCUCUGAAUUGGUAUAUGCCACCACCGGUAAUCGCAUUGGCAUAUAUUCUGAUCUAAGUAGUUCUCAUGCUUCUCACAAUGUUACCAAAUUACGUUCAGAAAAUUUCCGUGGAGUUUUAACUUCUCUGGCAGUUUUACCUUUAAAUCAUGCCUUUUUGGCUGGCAAUGAGAGUGGAAAUAUAUCAUUACUAUGCUAAAAUUAAAUAUUUUUUUUAAAUCAAAAGAAUAUGUAUUUUCACUUAUGCAUACAUAAGUAUAUUUUGAACGUUUCAUAGUACAACUUUUAUUUUGUUAAAGCUAUAAAAGAAUCCAGGAUAUUUUACUUCCAAACGCAACACAUUGUUAUUAUAAUUUUUAACCAAACAAUAUUAACAAUAAAAGUAGAUUCAUAUGAAGAUUAAAAAUAUGUAUAUUUAUACACCUCCCAAUAUUUUCUCAAUUUAUUUUUCAUAUUUUUAAACAAGAAAAACAGUAGAUGCAAUUACAUGUUUAUUUUAUAAUUUUAUUUUAUUAAACUAAAUUGUAUACAGUUAUGUGCAGAAGAAAAGUAAUGAAUUCAGAUUAAAGCUAAAAGUUGUAUGUUUGUCUUUUAGAUCAGACUAAUUUUGUUGCUUUUAUUUUGCUCAAAAACAGUUACAUAUUUUUAAAUGAAAAUGAUAUUACUUUAUUAAAUAUACUAUUUAUGUUGUUGGUAUUUAUUAAAAAUAUUCAU